UUGAUAGUUUAUUACCUUCCACUGCAGACUAUAAUGCAAUUAACAUUUAUCAAACAGUAUUAUUUCACCAUAACCUUGGCUUUGAUAUUACUCCAGUUUUGUGACGCAAUUCCUGUCGAAGAAGACUUGACACUCACCCUCAAGGAGCGUGUGGCGUUGGACAGCUUUAGAAAAGAAGUCGGCCACUUGCUUCCUCACGAUUACAUGCAGGAAGAUAUUUAUUUGAUAAGAUGGCUCAGAGCAAAGAACCUGGACAUCGAGGCAGCAAAAACAAUGUUAACAAAUAACCUGAAAUGGAGGGAAGAGUAUAAGGUGGACACGAUAUUAGAAGAGGAUUUCAGUUAUUUCGUCAAACGGUUUCCUUUCUGGUUGGAUGGACGAGACAAAGAUGACCGUCCAAUUGGAUCUGCAGAUAUUGCUAUUUGGGAUCCUCGACGCAUAGUGAUUGCUGGCCGAGCACUCGAACUUUACCGUUACGCUAUUAGCGUAUUAGAAUUCGCAUCCAAACUGGUGAGAGCUGAUCAGGCUGCUGGCCGAAAUGUUACGCAGUUCACCCUGAUUGCCAAUUUGGACGGAUUUAAUUUAAUUCAGCAUGCCUGUGUUCAAUGCCUUCCUUUCUAUGUCCAAUUUCUGAUAGUGUACGAGAAUCACUUUCCAGGAAUGCUGCACAAGUUUUUCAUGGUCAACACCAGCCCUGCAUUUGAAACCCUAUUAAGGAUUGCUCGACCUGUUCUCACCAAGUCGACGACUGAUACCUGGUCAAUUCAUGGAACAAACAAACGGCAUUGGACGGAAGCCAUAAGGGAAGUGAUUGAGCCAGACCAGAUUCGACCUCAGUUUGGUGGAACAAAGAUGGACGUGGAAGAUAUCGAUAAUUUUUAUUGAUUUACCAAACGUAGGAUAUGGUUAAUUAUGCUACUACUUUUACAACAUGUAUUAAACAUUGCAUGCACUUGUCAAUCGUGCAAUUAAAGCAGUAUUUGAAUGAUUUCAUUCAAAGCUCAUGCUAUGUACGAGUCUCAUAAAUUGUACCACCCAUGC